GGACCGCGUCUUUUGAUUCUAUAUAAAGCCCUAGUUGUUUCCAUAAUUACCCUUCGUGCAUCAUUUCUGUUCUUUAGAUAUUGUGCUGCGUAAAGUUUUCAGUUCGAGUUUUCUGGAAGAACAUCUGCAACGGAACAGCCGCAGGAGUCAAAAUGUUGUAUGUCUCUUCAGUAACCCCCAAGAAAGCAAAGCCUCCUGUCUUUGCUAUUUGCUCUUCUUCUGAAUUCAGGGAAGAAUUUCGUUUUUAUUCUUUCCUCUAGUCUUCAGAGAAUUUGUGCCCUAGACCAGAGGACCCAGACUUGGGUUUCGAGGGCGAGGAGGUUUUCUCAUCUUUUCGACAAAAGAAAUGCCGACAGUAGAAUAUUAUGGUGGUGACAAGGAUAUGGAGCCCUUUGUGGAAAUGGAUCCUACUAGAAGGUAUGGCCGUUAUGAUGAGGUUCUAGGCCGUGGUGCCAUGAAGACAGUAUACCGAGCUUUUGAUGAGGAAGAUGGUAUUGAGGUUGCCUGGAACAAGGUGUCUCUGAAGUGCCUUGAUGAUGAUGCAGUAGAUAGAAUCUUUGCAGAAGUCCGGCUUCUGAAAUCCCUGAGCAAUAAAAAUAUAAUAACUUUUUAUAAUGCAUGGCUGGAUGAGAGGUUUGGACAUGUGAAUUUCAUUACUGAGGUUUGCACUUCUGGGACCCUGAGACAGUACCGACAGAAGCACAGACAUGUUUCCAUGAAAGCUGUGAAGAACUGGGCACGGCAAAUUCUAAAGGGUUUGCUUUAUUUACAUAGUCAGGAACCUUGCAUCAUUCACAGGGAUUUGAAUUGCAGUAAUAUAUUUGUGAAUGGCAAUAGCGGCACUGUGAAGAUUGGGGACCUGGGUCUUGCGGGCACCCUUGGAAGUGAUCGAGCUGCUCAUACUGUGAUUGGUACACCUGAAUUCAUGGCUCCAGAGUUGUAUGAAGAGGAUUACAAUGAGCUGGUGGAUAUCUAUUCCUUCGGCAUGUGCAUGUUGGAGAUGAUUACCUUUGAAAUUCCAUACAAUGAGUGCCAUAAUGUUGCUCAAAUUUAUAAAAAGGUGACUUCUGGUAUAAGGCCUGCUGCACUGGAAAAGGUUACUGAUCCAGAAGUGAAACGUUUCAUUAACAAAUGCUUGGCGGCAGUAUCAGUGAGGCCUUCUGCUGCAGAGCUUCUGAAGGAUCCAUUUAUUAGAGAAGUGCAGGAAAGCUUAAGCACAUGGGUGCUCCACCGUUAAUAUGGAUUGUCAGCAGUUGCAGGACCAGUUGCUGGGAUUGUGGUAGUAAGGUCAAAAUAUGUUUUGGGAGAUGGUGUAUUGAUUUUAGCAUCUGAUUGUUUUUCUAAUACUUGUACUCAGGGGGUUGUGUAGAGGACACCUAUUGAAGAUAAUGAUGACAAAUGAGCAAUAGCUAGAUCUUUACCUUUCAGUAAUAGGUACAUAGUUUGUAACAGUUUAUGCCAUUUAUGCAGUCUCCGGAAGGUGACUGGAAUAUUCUGCGAAUUAUUCUUUUAUCUGUAAUUGCACAAUAAAGAAGUUUGAGUUGCACGUUUGUGUGCGUGUCAAAACUUCUACCCCACAGCUUGUGGAAAUGUUCCACAUUUUUUGUUUGUUUGUUGAAAUUUGGUGUUUGCAUGGUCAUAUCACAUUUAGAUCAUUUUUUCUC